AUGUCAGGAGGAAAACAGUCGCAAGGUUCAGCCCAUCCUAACAGAUGGUUAAUUGCUUAUAAUUCAAUUUCAGCAUCAUUAUGGUCUAUUGUAUUUUUCAAUACUGUAUUUUUAUCAUUAACAGUUGGACAACCUUAUUUAUUUGAAAAGACAAAUAAAUCAACUACAAUUAUUCAAACAGUUGCUAUCAUUGAGAUAUUCAAUUCACUUUUAGGAUUGGUUAAAUCACCACUUUUCACUACUUUAACUCAAGUUUUCUCGAGAUUAAUGAUUGUUUGGGGUAUUCAUCAAUUAUUACCAAAUUCUCCAGCAAAUUUUCAUUGGUGUUAUAUUUCCUUAUGUUUAAGUUGGUCAAUUACUGAAAUUAUUAGAUAUUCUUAUUAUGCUUUGAAUUUGAAAGGUAAUGUUCCUGGGUGGCUUACUUGGUUACGUUAUACUACUUUUUAUAUUUUAUACCCAACUGGUGUAUUUUCUGAAGUAUACCUGGUUAUUUUAUCUUUAAAUGAUGCGUCGAAUGAUGUUGGUUCUUGGUAUAGUUGGGCAUUGAGAGCUAUUUUGGUUGUCUAUAUCCCAGGGUUUUAUAUGCUUUAUACUUAUAUGAUAAAGCAAAGAAAGAAGGUAUUGGGGAAAUCUUCUAAAAAGAAGAGUCAAUAA